AUGGUCUCUAGUGGUCAUAUGGUCCUUACUAUCAUUGGCAGUGACAGGAAAGCUGAUUCUUCUGGCAACCAGAGUUGCACCAUCUGGGAGUUACUAGGAAUCACAUUAAAUGACAUGGUCCAAGAGAUACAGAACCCACUUUGCCUCCUCUUUCCCCCUGCAGAAACACAUGUGGACCGGGAUUGUAACAUGGAUGAAAGUAACAAAUGCUUUAGGUAUGAUAAACCCACUAGAGGCAAGUGCGAGGCAAUGAGCAUAAGGGUAGUUGUGGAAUUCAUUCUGGCAUUUUAUUUUGGAGGAGAGAUCAAGGAUGAUUUGUUUGAAAUAUUUUCCAAGAACGUAGAAGAGUACUUGGAGGUUGAGGAUGGGAAGUACACAAAUAUGAUUAUUUCCAUGACUAAGGGAUGA